AUGAGCCGGGAUGACUGCACUCCGCGGGGCCUAUCCGACCCGGAGUCCCAUCUUGAUCUUGCCGCCGCCCAUCGCCAGCAACCUCAGGCUCAGGUCGACCUUGACGCCGGUCCGAGGUCAGUCGCACCAACUUCAGCACACCAAGGUCAACAUGUCACUCUCAAUGCCGCUCUCGAGGUCGACAUGCUGCGGCACAAACUUCGCGCUCUCGAGACUAUUGUCGAACGUCACGACAUGGACGUCGCUAGUAUCUUGACAAACUCACCGCCAGUCCCUUUGCCACCUGGAUACCCUUCAUGGCUUGAACAUCACUUUACACACAAUGACCGAGUAACUCACACCUCGGUUCCACAAGGCUCUGCGUCAGCCCUCGACAGGUUGAAGCCAGCGCCGUUUAAAUGCUGGCACGAUCAGUGUAUACACUAUGUCUACGGCUUCUCAACUCAGCAGGACCGUGACAACCAUCUUCGACUCCACUCAAACAACACAACUCUGGGCGACUCGGAACUGUUUAGAAAGCCUGGGGGUUCUCUGCAGCCCAACGAGCGACGACCAGAGAACAGCAGUGUCCCGUUGCCGCGGGACCGAUUACCACCUAUUCAACCACCGACGACUCUCGUAACGACUAACCUACCUCCUCUUCCCUUUCCAACCCCUUCUACGGCUUCGACAAGGAGAGAAUCUGGCCUGGGCUUCACAUUUCCGGAUCCUAAACCAACAUUACCGCGAACCGGCGGGGAAUCCGUUCCUGACCCUCAGCUGCCUCCGUUGAAACGAGCUCGUGUUGGACAUCAUCGCCUACAAUCGAUUGGGGAACUCAACCUUUUACGGAAUAACGAACCUUGUCUACGAUGCCGAGCUUCCAAUAGCCAAUGCGAUGCGAACCACCCCUGCUCGCGGUGUGUGGGAGCGCCAUCAUCCGAAUCAGAGGCACACUGGCGUGUUCUGGGCUGUUACCGAGGGCCGGUCACUUCACUGACCGAUGUUCUACUCCAAGGUUCUUUUGCUUGGACGCAGCCUCAAACGCCUAUAACACCAUCUAAUCCACGACGGGGGAGCAUUAACGACCUCAUCCUAGCUCAGAACCCGACUCUGGUUACGGCGCCAAGAACUGUUUCUUGGAGAUUUGACUUUCAGGACACGUUUUGGUGGCAGGAUGGCGAGUUGGACCUGGACGAACGUCCUACUCGAGCCAUACAACCGAAUCUCCAUGAUACAGCAUCCAUGCCCCCCGUUUUGCGCCUCAUCGAAUCCAGUUCAAGUUUCCGUGGCGCUGCCUUCGAUCUUCUCGAGCUCCUGGCGAUCAGCGGUCAACUCUCUACGUCGCGAGAGGAGGAAAAAGUGAAGCACUCGGCACUCUUUCGGGCAAAACAGUUACUUCGAGAAGUCUUGUUCUACGAUGCAUCCCAACCGAACCCAACUAUCCAGGGAGAUAACCUUCCUCCCCGACCUCCGAUCGAAGGUGGUCCUUCUGCGGAACGAAAUCAGCUUCUCAGGGAAUGCAUGCGACGCUUUCUGGUCUCGUUUGACUUUGCUACCUCAAACCCGGCAGCCAUGGGCAUAAAACAAUGGCUCGGAGUUUUCAUCUCGCUUUGCAUAUUCAGCGCUGUGGAGAGAAUCUUGGUUGAUAUUGCGCGCUCCUCUAAAGUUAACGGUCAAAGACCAGCAGAGCCCUCUGAUCAAGUUGCUCGAACUGUUUACCAGGUUCUAGUAUCCCUAUUCUCGAACUCGAGCGACGCUUUAUCGAGCAAUGCGAAGCUGGAAGAACCACUCAUCCACCACAUAGCACGUGUUGUUCGUCGCGAAACCUGGCUGCCAAAGCACAUCUUCUCGAGUUUCGACUUUCUCCUCAAGCUUGGAACCGGCGAAGUUCCGAGCUAUGGGUUCAACGGAUUUGUUAUGCCAGCCAGACGAUACUCGGGGCCUUCAGGAUCUGGUCUUUUACCCCCAGCUCAACUGGAGCCCCCGUCCAGACAAGCCUUUCCAACCUCGACGCCGUUUAUAGGUCCCUCAGGCUCAGGCCUACACUACGUACCGCUUGGUUCGAGACCGGAGUUGCAUCCUCCGGGGCAAUUUGUGCCGCCAGUUGAAGUGCCAGGGCGAGCACGCAGACACACAGUAGGGGACGAUAUAUCACCAACCACCGAAUCGCGACGACCGUCUGGAGAGCCAAUAUCACCGUCGAGGCUCAGAUCCUCUUCUCGUCGAACAUCUUUGCGCCGCGUGUACUGCGACAAGUGCAACGAACAUCCAGACGGUUUCCGAGGUGAUCACGAGCUUCGACGGCACAUGGACGCCAAACAUUCGGCCACAGUCAAACGAUGGGUUUGCAGAGAACCCAAGAACCCUAUACCUUCUUCGCCGCAGCCAAUCAUUCCCUUGUCACGUUGCAAAGCAUGUCUGGCACAAAAGCGCUACGGCGCAUACUACAACGCGGCUGCGCAUCUUCGUCGUGCCCACUUUCGACCGCAUCGAGUUGGUAAAGCUAGUGGUGAUUGGCCAUCCAUGAGCGUCUUGAAGGACUGGAUGCGCGAAGUACGCCAAUCUGUCGACGUUACCGAGGAACAUAUAUCUAGUGGGGAGGAUGACAUGGAGGAGUUCCAGACCCCCAUUGACUAUAGAGACUCUGUCUCUCAACGGGCAUCACUCGCCCCUGAAGCGCCGCUACAGACGGCCGCAGUUUUAGGACCACGCGUCUCGACAUCUGUUGAACCAUCGAUGCCGAUCGAACGAGCCAGCCCGUCUCGCCGACCUACUGAAAACAGGACCAAGUGUCCUCAUCCAGACUGUGGGCGCGAGUUUCGUGAUCUCGCCUCCCACAUGCUCACGCAUCAGGAGGAACGACCCGAGAAGUGCCCUAUCGUAACAUGCGAAUACCAUACAAAGGGAUUUGCGCGCAAGUACGACAAGAAUCGGCAUGCCCUGACGCACUACCGCGGUUCGAUGGUCUGCCCCUUUUGCCCCGGUGUCGGAAGCCCCUUCGAAAAGGUCUUUACGCGCGCCGACGUCUUCAAACGACACCUGACGGCUGCCCACCAAGUUGACCAGACGGGUCACAGCAGUGGUCAUCGAUUACCCAGCGGCGAGGAUCCGGCCGGGACGAAAGCGAGGUGUUCGAUUUGCAAGAUUGGCUUCGGAACGGCACAAGACUUUUACGAGCAUCUUGACGACUGUGUCUUGAGCGUCAUUGUGCCAUCUUCCAGCACAUCAGGUCAGCAGGGUCGACCGCAGUCACGACAGCAAUAA